GCCUCCUCUUCUCCACCUUCCGCAAGCCAUAGACUCACGCACAUUACGUCGAGUAGAAAUCAGCCAAUUAAGCUAACUGAGCUGCUAAUUGUUUGGUUAUUGUGUGCUGAGUUCCGUCUGUGCGUUUUACCUUGCCGAGUGUUUGGAACAGAAGAGUGCUCGUGUCUGGGACGUACUUGGAAGCAAUUAAGACAGCAGUCUGGUUUAUAUUUUGGGACUUGCUUGGUUCUAGUGUUUUGACUUGGAAGUAAAAGGGCAAAAUAGCAAAAUGUCCGGCAGCACAUCGCAGUAUCAACAGCUUGAGAAGCUAGGCGAAGGAACCUAUGCGACGGUGUACAAAGGCCGGAACCGCGCGACAGGCGAGCUAGUAGCGAUGAAAGAAAUCAAUCUCGACAGCGAAGAAGGCACGCCGUCGACCGCGAUCCGCGAGAUCUCGCUGAUGAAGGAACUCAAGCACGAAAACAUUGUCGCGCUGCACGACGUCAUUCAUACCGAGAAUAAACUGAACCUGGUGUUUGAGCACAUGGACCGCGAUCUGAAAAAGUAUAUGGACAGCCGUGGCGAUCACGGUGCGCUCGAGUACACGACAAUCAAGUCGUUUAUGUACCAGCUUCUGACGGGGAUCGCGUUCUGCCACGACAACAGGGUGCUGCAUCGGGAUCUGAAGCCGCAGAAUCUGCUGAUCAGCAACAAGGGCCAGCUCAAGCUCGGGGAUUUCGGACUUGCGCGCGCGUUCGGGAUCCCGGUCAAUACGUUCUCGAACGAGGUCGUCACGCUCUGGUACCGUGCGCCGGACGUGCUGCUCGGCUCGCGGACGUACUCGACCUCGAUCGAUAUGUGGUCGGCGGGCUGCAUCAUGGCGGAGAUGUACACCGGCCGCCCGCUCUUCCCCGGCACGACGAACGAGGACCAGCUGCAGAAGAUCUUCCGCCUCAUGGGCACGCCCUCCGAGCACACCUGGCCAGGAAUCUCGCAGCUUCCAAACUACCGCGCGAACUUCCCCGUCUACGCGCCGCAGGACAUGCACGCGGUCCUCCCGCAGAUCGACCAUUUGGGACUCGACCUGCUGUGCUCGCUGCUGCAGCUGCGGCCGGAGAACCGCAUCUCGGCCAGGAACGCGCUCAAGCAUCCCUGGUUCCAGGAGUAUCACCAGGCGAUGCGGCGGAGUCCGCAGGAUAUGUCGGCCUCGGCGGGAGGGUUCAUGGGGCCGCCGCAGAUGCCGUCGCAUCAGACUGCGACGUAUGGCAUGUGAUUUUUGUUGUUGGUUGUCUGUUGCUGUUGUGUUUGAGACCAUUAAUAUGUUUUUCUUUUGUGUUUGGAGUUUUUCUGUAUGAGUUUAGUCUAAAGAGUGCUCGU